AUGGAGGUCGCGAAGGCCGGUUCGUCGCCGACUGACCACGAAUUUUGGGUUCUGGCGGUGGAGCGGUACCUGCCGGACGAGGCCCGCUCCUACCGAUACGACGUGACUCUGUGUGGCGGAGCGCUCGACGAGCGGGCUCCACUGAAAUAUCUCCUCGCACCGCAACUGAACCGUUUAGUGCAGCGGAACGACCUGCGCUCCGGCUGCCGCCUCAGGGUGGGACGGCUGUGGGCGCGGGCAGACGGUGUGAAAGUAAUGGAGAGGGUCGAGGUGCUGAGGACCUGCACACCUCCCCCUCUUCUGACAGCGGCUCAGCCCGUAUCCCGCCCUUUACUCGGCCCCACCAGCUAUUACCUCCCACUCUGGGAGGAAAGUGACUAUUAUGGGGAGGAGUGGACUGUACAAUCUUAUGGCCAAGAGCAAGUCAGCGUGGAAGGAGACCAGCAUCUAUCAAGCAUCAUUGAUGACUUUUGAGAAGGUGGUGGGAAGCUAUUUUCUUUAACCAGUGCAGUCAUCCUAGUGAAUGUACUUCCACUGUACUGUUGGGUAGAGAGUUCUAGGAUUUGGA